AUGAUAGCGUUAUCCUACCUUGAAUUAGCUGACGAUCAAUUGUUUGAUAUUGUCUGUCGAUAUUAUACUCCACCUCCAUUCCAAACAACAAAUUACACUCAAUUAUUAGAACAAUGUAUGUUUAUUAUUGAUCAAUAUUAUUCGCAAGAUCUCGAACAAUUAAUUCACCAAAUGAGACAACGACGAUUUAUUCAACCAAACACUCAACAACCAUCAACAAGAACAGCUUACCAAAUGCCUCCAGGUCCACAAAGACAGUCAGUGCCAUUUGUGCAGCAAAAUAAUAAUAGAUUUUAUCCACCACAACAAUAUCAGCAGCAGUCUAAUAAUAGUCAAAUGCCAAUUCAACAACAACAAUACAGAUAUUCGCAACCUCGUCCGCAACAACAACAACAACAACAACAACAAAUUCUACCUCGACCUCCACUAUCACAUCGCCAGCAUCAAGGCCAAACACAACAGACCAUACCUCGCCCGCCACCUCCUUCACAUCAACAACAAAUUGCAAGUCACCCUCGUCCAAUCAUACAACAGUCAUCUCGUCCUAUUUAUACUCAACAACCUCAAGUUGUUAAUCAAGUCAUACAACAACCAGCUGCUCAUCUAAUCAUUCAAACUCCUGUUACCAUUCCACCAACAAUACAGCAGCCACCUCGUAUUCCAGCACCAUUACCUUCAUCCUCUUCUUCGUCAAACAACAUUUCUGUUAUUGUUGAUGGUACUAGUGGUCAUCCGUCGGUACCUCUUCCACCAAUCGUUCACAAAAUAUUACCAUUUUAUACAUUAAUUCGUUCUAUUUAUGAAAAUGGCCAAUUUAAAUUUGAUCAAAAUAAAAAGUUACAUCUCUGUCAUUUGAAAUUUCGUCUGGAUUUAGAUUCAUGUAAUCAAAUAGCCGAGUCUUAUGAUUACGAUGAAGAUUAUGAUCAAAUUAAAGCGCGCUAUUGCCUCAUACUGAGAUUGGCAAGAAUCGAUCAACAACCGACAAAUUUACAUUUGGGUUAUGAUGAUAGUCUACCACCAAAUCUCAUCGUUCAGUUAAACUCUCAAAAUGUUUCAUUACCUGUUCCCAAACCAUGUACUCGUCAAAAUACAGACUUAAUUCGUAAUGGUCGUGAAAUUGACAUUACUGAACAAGCAAUGUUAUCACCAUCACAACUUAAUACAUUGGCCAUGCAAUGGCAAUUAUCACAACAACUUGAUCAGUAUCAAACAGCCAAAUAUGCCGUACAUAUUUAUCUAAUGAAACGACAAUAUAUUGUCGAUUUAGUUCAAGAAGUAAAAGAGAAACGAGUAAAGCUAGAAAAAUCUGAUUUGAGACAAAUUUAUGCUCAAUCAAAUGGUGGCGACAGUGAUUUAUGUGUUAGUGAUUAUAAAAUAAUGUUAAAAUGUCCAAUUAAUCAAUGUCGAUUAAAAAUACCAGCAAGAGCAACGACCUGUCAACAUUUACAAUGUUUUGAUCUAUAUAAUUAUAUUGCCAUGAAUGAAAAAAGUUCAAAAUGGUUAUGUCCCGUUUGUUCUCGUCCAGCACUCUAUGAUCAACUACGUCUCGAUCAUUAUACUGAAACAAUUUUAUCUGCUACCAAAGAUUCGACUACGGAAAUAAAAAUCGAUUCCAAUCUUGACUGGUCACCAAUUUUAACUGUGGAUCAAGAACAUCAAGUAUCAUCGACUACGUCAGAUAAUGCGGAAUCAUGUAUUUUAUUAGAUGAAGAUGAUGAAGAAGAUUCAAAAGCAUCGAUCAAAUUAAAUUAUAUUCAUUUACAGGAAAAACCUAACACUACAGAAAAUGAAAUUAUAUUGCUCGAUGACUAA